CCGAUUAGAAUUACUCAGUUUCACGUCUCCUUCCGCACAAACUCCCCCACCGAGUCUGAGAUUAACAAAUACGAAUUAGAACUUUUAUAUAAACAACAACCUCAACUCAACCGUCAGUCUUAAUAACAGUUUAACUCAAUUCUCAUAAAAAUCCCUCUUUCUUCCACGCAACCAAGUUCAGACCCAACUCUUCCAACCUUAAAUCGUUUCAUCUUCUCUUUUCUUUUUCUUGUAUUCAACUACUUCAUUCUUUUCCGUCGAUCAAUAUUUUCUGUGUUUCAAUCCUUCUUGAAUUUCUUAGUUUGUUUCCGUGGCUAGCUGGUAAUUUCGUGUUUAUGUAUUUUAUUUUAUUAUUGGAUUUUUCAUUUUUCUUUUGUUCCACGUCAGGUGCAGUAUUGAAAUUUAUUUUUCCUUGAAUUCAAUAUUGGGUGAUUGCCUUUCGGUCAAGAAGGUUCUCUCCUUGUUUUUUUCUGUGGUAUUUUGAUUGUAUUUUAUGUGGGCUACUGUUGAUUCAUCAAAAUUAACUCCUUUUUAGCAAAUUUUAUAACUUGUAGUGGACACUUCUCUUGAUUUUGGAUUUUAUUGAUUUCUGAUCGAGUAAAAUUGUUUCUUGUGAUACCCUUUCAAUGAAAUUCAGUUGAGCUAGACUGAAUUUUUACAACUCCUUCUUGGGAUUAUAGAGUUGAGGUUUCUUUAUGCUUCCCAUUUUGAUGUAGUGUAAGGGCUUUUAAAACUUGUGAUAGUUGAUUUUGAAGCCUCUAUGCGUCUUGGUUGUGAUCCCUUUAUCAAGCUAACUGCCUGACACCAAAUGCAGUUUUCCGGGGUUUUAUGCUGUGCCUAUAAAUGAGGCUUUUUUUUUUUUUUUUUAAAUAGCAUUGAUUGAAAAACUUUUGCUAAUAUAUAUUUCAGGACAUUAGAGGAGGACCAAAUUUCAUUGAUUGCACUCAAUUAGACUUGAUUGAACUCUGCACUUGAGUUUUGAAGAAUGGAAAGGAGAUUAGUUUAACCAUUUAAAUGGACUGGCUGCUUUUGCCUACUGUUAGUUUUGAUAAAUGAUGUUCAGUGGGCAAAAGUUUGCAAAUCCUCUCAAUGUAUUGAAGUGGAAAUGGCAUGGUGAAUCAUCUUUGACAACAGGCUUGCUUAAGGAUGUGCCUCCUGAGGUGGAGUUGUCUGUAUACGAACAUGGAAGGGUACCAAGCCCUGGUAUUGAAAGCCCAACGGGGCUACUCAAUGGUGAAAGCUUGAAUACGGCUCUAAUUGUUGAUUUAGAUUUGUUUUUUGAAAGGCUCUAUAGCUACUACUGUGAGAAAGGACUUUGGUGUAUUAUUAUAAAAUGGAUAGUUGAGCUUUUGAGCUUGGGUUUCACCAUAUGUUUCUCAGCAUUUUUCUUACUGUAUGUCGAUUGGAAUGGUCUUCGAAAUGCAAAGUGUGGAAUGGAUGCAGUUGAAUCUGGAAUUAAGCCCUGUGAUCUUGCUAAGGAAGCUCUUCAUCAGCACCCGUUAACCCCAGUAACACUUUCCAAAGCAAUUAUUGUUGGAUAUUUAGGGUUAUUCUCUAUGUAUUGGAUCUUCUGUUUCUUGAGAUUUUUUACUCAGUUGAAGGAUACUCUAGGAAUUCGUCAUUUCUAUUACAGCAGUCUUCAUGUUACCGACAAUGAAAUCCAAACCAUGCCCUGGGCAACCAUUCUUGAAAAGGUUGUUCAGUUACAAAGUUCACAGCAACUUUGUGUAGUUAAGGAUCUUUCUGCUCAUGAUGUGGUAAUGCGUUUGAUGAGGAAGGAGAAUUACUUGAUUGGAAUGCUUAACAAAGGGGUGCUUGCUUUUCCAAUUUCUCAGUGGGUACCAGGUGCUGGUCCAACUGUCAGAUUUGGAUCAAAUGGCUCACAGCAUCGCCUAAUACUUACCAAGACUCUGGAAUGGACCUUGAAUUGGUGCAUACUGCAAAGUAUGUUUGAUCGAAACUUUUGUGUCAGAAGAGACUUCAUUUCUAAUCCUAAAACUUUAAAGAAAAGGCUUAUGGUUGUUGGGCUUGCGAUGCUUAUCCUUUCUCCAUUUCUUGUCAUAUUUAUGCUAGUAUACCUCUUCUUAAGACAUGCUGAGCAAUUCUACAAUCAUCCAAGCACAGCAUCAUCUCGAAGAUGGUCAAAUUUGUCUAAAUGGGUUUUUAGGGAAUUCAAUGAGGUUGACCAUUUAUUCAAGAAUAGGAUGAAUAGCAGUGUCAUGCAUGCUUCUGAUUAUCUGAAGCAAUUUCCAUCACCUAUUAUUUCUAUCAUAGCAAAGUUUAUUUCUUUUGUGUCGGGCGGUUUCGCUGCUGUCCUGAUCAUCAUUGCAUUUUUGGAGGAAUCUCUGCUUGAGGGCCAUAUAUUUGGUCGCAACUUGUUUUGGUAUGCUGCUGUGUUUGGAACCAUAACAGCUAUCAGCCGGGCUGCAGUUACGGAUGAGCUCUUGGUCCUCGAUCCAGAAGGAGCCAUGUCUAUGGUAGUUCAACAUACACAUUAUAUGCCAAAGAGAUGGCGAGGUAAAGAAUAUAGUGAGAUGGUGCGGAAAGAGUUUGAAACACUCUUUCAGUAUACUGGGAUGAUGUUACUUGAGGAGAUGGCCUCCAUUUUCCUCACUCCGAUAUUGCUUUUAUUUAUCGUCCCUAAGCGUGUGGAUGAUAUUUUACGGUUCAUUGAAGAUUAUACAGUGGAUAUUGAAGGUGUUGGCCAUGUCUGCAGUUUUAGCACCUUUGAUUUUCAAAACCAUGGCAAUAGCAAUUAUGGAUCCCCAUAUCAUACAUCCAGUACCCAGAGGAGCUCUCAAGGGAAAAUGGAGAAAUCGUUCUUGAGUUUCCAGAGUAGCUAUCCUUCUUGGGAGCCAAAUUCUCUGGGAAAGCGGUUCCUCUUAGAGCUUAGAACUUUCAGGGAGCACAAGUUGCAAGGACAAGGAAUUAGAAAUGUAUGUUCUCCACCACGAAUGUGGCGUGGGAGCUCAAAUUUGAGAGGCAAUAGAGACAGAAACAACACCUUAUUAAGGGAAUCGCCGUACACUGCUGGGACAGGCUAUCAGAUGGGUUCUUUGUGGCUGAUUGAUGUAGAACAGAAGAAUCAUCCAUAUCUUCUUGAUUGGUAUUAUACUUCUCGAUAUCUACAGACAGCCGAUCAUAGAGUAGACAUACCAACUGUGACAUAUGAAGUGCCUGAGUAUCGUCUAGGAGAUUACUCAAUGCCAUCAAACUUCAUGCAAAAUGAAGCAAGAUAUGAACAGUACUGGGACCAUGACGAUGAAGCUCGAUUGCAGUCACAUCUAGGGGCUUCUACAUCAACUCCAGUUUUCCAGGAGAGUGUACUUCAGCAUCAUGAACCUGGCAACUUAUUACAACCUACCCGAAGCGCUUGGUGGGCUAGAAGGGGCCCAGAUAAUGCACAACCCCAGUCAAGUUUUGUUGAGCCGCCUGAUUUUGAAUGGAGGACUAGAAGUGGCCCAGAUAUUGCACGACCCCAGUCAAGUUUUCUUGAGCCUCCUGAUUUCAAUAGAAACACUGCACAUACUAAUUAUUCUGAUAACCUUUCUGAAAGAAGCUUGGAGGAGCGAGAACAGCACUUGGAGUGGAGAAAUUCUCGUGGGUUAUCACGGACCACACAUGCGGAUGACCUUGAUUUAGGAGAUCUUUAUCUUCAUUUUGAUGAUGUCUAUAGCAAACCUCCAGAAACCCCUGUUUCGAUUCGAGAGCCUCCAAACUUUUGAGUAAUAAUUCUCUUAGUUUGUUGAGGUUCUUACUUUCAGCAUUCAUGGAAUGUGAAUGGGUUUCCUUGGGUAGACUCUGAUAUCUGUUCUGUAUAAGAAGGAAACUCAAUUCUUUGUUGUAUAUAAGAUUUGUUAUUAGAUCGGAUUAUGUAUAAUGCAGGCCUCCUUCAGAAGGUGAACAAGUCUACAAAUACCCAAGUCCUUGUGAGCCUUCUGAUAGUAAAGGCAUUAAGUUCAUCAAUUUCAAUCCAUUCAUAAAGGAAUUGUCGUCUA